AUGUCCCCCCGUGUCCCCCCGCCCCAUCCCCGACCCCGCCCCCAACCCCCCGCCCAUCCAGCGCCGCCACCGCCCCCCGGAGCCGAACGGGGCCGAGCGGAGCCGAACGGAGCCGAACGAACCCGAACGAGGAGCCGAGCGGAGCCGAACGGUGCCGAACCUGCGCCCGAACCCGAACGCGGAGCCGAGCGGAACCCGAACGAAGAGCCGAACCCGGGCCCGGAGCCGAACCCGCCCGAAGCGGAGACGAACCGGCCCGAAGCGGAGCCGAACCCGGGCCCGGAGCCGAACCCGCCCGAAGCGGAGCCGAACCCGGGCCCGGAGCCGAACGCGUCCGAAGCGGAGCCGAACCCGCCCGAAGAGGAGCCGAACCCGGGCCCGGAGCCGAACCUGCCCGAAGCGGAGCCGAACCGGCCCGAAGCGGAGCCGAACCCGCCCGAAGCGGAGCCGAACGCGCCCGAAGCGGAGCCGAACCCGCCCGAAGCGGAGCCGAGCGAUGCUGCGGCCCGGCCCGGUGAGUGCGGACCCCAGUGCGGACCAGUAACCCCCCCCCGGGCCUCCCACGCCUCCCGCGUCCCUGACCGGCGAUGCCCGUCCGCCAUGGCCGCUCCGCAUAGGCCUCUCCCGCCUCCCCCUCCGCUCUUCCUCCUCCUCCUCCUCCUCCUCCUCCUCCUCCUCCCCGCGCCGGCCCCGGCGGCGCCUCCGCCAUCUUGCCCGGCCGCCUGUUCCUGCAGCAACCAAGCCAGCCGCGUCAUCUGCACCCGCCGCGACCUCCUCGAGGUCCCCUCCAGCAUCUCCAUCAACACCCGCUACCUCAACCUCCAGGAGAACCACAUCCAGGUCAUCCGCACCGACACCUUCAAGCACCUUCGCCACCUCGAGAUCCUCCAGCUCAGCCGCAAUCUGGUCCGCAAAGUCGAGGUGGGCGCCUUCAACGGGCUCCCCAACCUCAACACCCUCGAGCUGUUCGACAACCGCUUGACCACGGUCCCGACGCAAGCGUUCGAGUAUCUCUCCAAGCUCCGCGAGUUGUGGUUGCGCAACAACCCCAUCGAGAGCAUCCCCUCCUAUGCGUUCAAUCGGGUGCCCUCGCUGAGGCGCUUGGACUUGGGCGAGCUCAAGCGCCUUGAGUACAUCUCGGAGGCGGCGUUCGAAGGGUUGGUCAACCUCCGCUAUCUCAACUUGGGCAUGUGUAACCUCAAGGAGAUCCCCAAUUUGACGGCGUUGGUGCGGCUGGAGGAACUGGAGCUAUCGGGGAACCGCUUGGGCCGCGUUCGCCCGGGGUCCUUCCAAGGUUUGGGGAGCCUCCGGAAGUUAUGGUUGAUGCACGCGCGCGUGGCGGCGGUGGAGCGCAACGCCUUCGACGACCUCAAGGCGCUGGAGGAGCUCAACCUGGCGCACAACGAGCUGGCGUCGCUCCCGCACGACCUGUUCGCGCCGCUACACCGUUUGGAGCGGGUCCACCUCCACCAUAACCCUUGGCGGUGCGAUUGCGACGUGCUGUGGUUGAGUUGGUGGUUGAGGGAGACGGUGCCGAGCAACACGAGCUGCUGCGCGCGGUGCCACGCGCCGCCGGCGCUGCGGGGGCGUUACCUGGGCGAGUUGGAACCGGGGCAUUUCACCUGUUACGCGCCGGUGAUCGUGGAGCCGCCGGCCGACCUGAACGUCACCGAGGGGAUGGCGGCGGAGCUCAAGUGCCGCACGGGCACGGCCAUGACGUCGGUCAACUGGUUGACGCCCAACGGCACGCUGAUGACGCACGGCUCGUACCGCGUGCGCAUCUCGGUGCUGCACGACGGCACGCUCAACUUCACCAACGUCACCGUGCAAGACACCGGCCAGUACACCUGUAUGGUCACCAACGCCGCCGGCAACACCACGGCGUCCGCCACGCUCAACGUCUCCGCCGCCGACGCCGCCGCCGCGGCCGCCGCCGCCGCCGCCGCUACGGGGUAUACCUACUUCACCACGGUCACGGUGGAGACCAUGGACGCCGGGGGUGACGACACGGCGGCGCAAACACCGCCGGCGCCCACCGUGGCUUGGGUGGGCGGCUCCACGGCGGCGCCGCCGCCGGCCACGCGGGCUACCGGGCGGCCCUUCACGGUGGCCAUCACGGCGGCGGCGGCGGCGGCGGGGGGGGCGGGGCUUCAAGACCUGGACGACGUGUUGAAGACCACCAAGAUCAUCAUCGGUUGUUUCGUGGCCAUCACCUUCAUGGCGGCCGUGAUGCUGGUGGCGUUCUACAAGCUCCGCAAGCAACACCAGCGCCACAAGCACCGCGGCGGCCCGGCGCGCGCCGUGGAGAUCGUCAACGUGGAGGAUGAGUUGGGUGGUGGUGGUGGUGGUGGCGGUGGUGGUGGAGGUACAGGCGGCGGUACCGGUGACAACAACCGGUUGGCGUUGCCGGCGUUGGAGAGGGAGCAGCUGGACCGGUACGCGGCGUUGGCGGCGCAUUACAGCAAGAGCGGCGGUGCAGGGGGGAUGGGCAAGAACCCGCUGCUCAACUCGGUGCACGAACCGCUGCUCUUCAAGAGCCCGUCCAAGGAGAACGUGCAGGAGACGCAGAUCUGACGGCGCCUCCUGCUGGGGGGGAGGGGGGAAACGGGGGUAUGGGUGGGGGUGGGGGUGGGGGUGGGGGUGGGGGGGGUGCGAGGGGCGUGCGGCGCACGGGGUGGUUGUGCGACGCGAGGCUUGUGCGAUGCACGGGGCGGGAGGGGGGACUCGUGCAAGGCACAGUGUGCAAGGGAGGACUCGUGCAAUGCACAAUGUGAAAGGAGAGACUUGUGCAAUGCACAGUGUGCAACACAGGACUUGUGCAAUGCACGGGGUGUGAGGAAGGACUCGUGCAAUGCACUGUGCACAAGGGAGGACUCGUGUUAUGCGCGGUGUGCAACACUAGACUUGUGCAAUGCACGGGGUGCAAGGAGGGACUCGUGCAAUGCACAGUGUGCAAGGAGAGACUUGUGCGAUGCACAGUGUGCAACACAGGACUUGUGCAAUGCACGGGGUGUGACACGAGACUUGUGCAAUGCACAGUGUGUAAGGAAGGACUUGUGCAAUGCACAGUGUGCAAGGAAGGACUUGUGCAAUGCACAGUGUGCAAGGAAGGACUUGUGCAAGGCACAGUGUGCAAGGAUGGACUCGUGCAAUGCACAGUGUGCAACACAGGACUUGUGCAAUGCACAGUGUGCAAGGAGGGACUCGUGCAAUGCACAGUGUGCGAGGAGGGACUCGUGCAAUGCACCGUGCACAAGGAAGGACUCGUGCAAUGCACAGUGUGCAACACUAGACUUGUGCAAUGCACAGUGUGCAAGGAGAGACUCGUGCAAUGCACAGUGUGCAAGGAGGGACUCGUGCAAUGCACUGUGCACAAGGGAGGACUCGUGUUAUGUGCGGUGUGCAACACUAGACUUGUGCAAUGCACGGGGUGCAAGGAGGGACUCGUGCAAGGCACAGUGUGCAAGGGAGGACUUGUGCAAUGCACAGUAUGCAACACAGGACUUGUGCAAUGCACAGUGUGCAAGGAGAGACUUGUGCAAUGCACAGGGUGCAACACAGGACUUGUGCAAUGCACAGUGUGCAAGGAGAGACUUGUGCAAUGCACAGGGUGUGAGGAAGGACUUGUGCAAUGCACUGUGCACAAGGGAGGACUCGUGUAAUGUGCAGUGUGCAAGGAGAGACUUGUGCAAUGCACGGGGUGCAAGGAGAGACUUGUGCAAUGCAUGGGGUGGUGCAACACAAGACUCGUGUGCAAGGCACAGUGUGCAAGGGGGGACUCGUGCAAUGCACAAUGCGCAAGGAGAGACUUGUGCAAUGCACGGGGUGCAACACAGGACUCGUGCAAUGCACUGUGCACAAGGGAGGACUCGUGCAAUGCACAGUGUGCAACACUAGACUUGUGCAAUGCACAAUGUGAAAGGAGGGACUUGUGCAAUGCACAAUGUGCAAGGAGAGACUUGUGCAAUGCACAGUGUGCAAGGAGAGACUUGUGCAAUGCACAGGGUGGUGCAACAUGAGACUUGUGCAAUGCACAGUGUGCAACACAGGACUUGUGCAAUGCACAGGGUGCAAAGAAGGACUCGUGCAAUGCACAAUGCGCAAGGAGGGACUCGUGCAAUGCACUGUGCACAAGGGAGGACUCGUGUAAUGCACAGUGUGCAACACUAGACUUGUGCAAUGCACAGUGUGCAAGGAGAGACUCGUGCAAUGCACUGUGCACAAGGGAGGACUCGUGUUAUGUGCGGUGUGCAACACUAGACUUGUGCAAUGCACGGGGUGCAAGGAGGGACUCGUGCAAGGCACAGUGUGAAAGGAGGGACUUGUGCAAUGCACUGUGCACAAGGAAGGACUCGUGCAAUGCACAGUGUGCAAGUAGAGACUUGUGCAAUGAAUGGGGUGCAAGGUAGGACUUGUGCAAUGCACAAUGUGAAAGGAGGGACUUGUGCAAUGCACCGUGCACAAGGGAGGACUCGUGCAAUGCACAGUGUGCAAGGAAGGACUCGUGCAAUGCACGGGGUGGUGCAACAUGAGACUUGUGCAAUGCACAGUGUGCAAGGAGAGACUCGUGCAAUGCACAGUGUGAAAGGAGGGACUCGUGCAAUGCACCGUGCACAAGGAAGGACUCGUGCAAUGCACAGUGUGCAACACAGGACUUGUGCAAUGCACGGGGUGCAAGGAAGGAGUUGUGUGACACGUGGAGUAGUGUGACAUGAGACUUGUGCAAUGCACAGUGUGCAAGAAAGGGCUCGUGCAAUGCACAGGGUGGUGCAGCAUGAGACUUGUGCAAUGCAUGGGGUGCAAGGAGAGACUCGUGCAAUGGUCAGUGUGCAAGGAAAGACUCGUGCAAUGCAUGGGGUGCAACACAAGACUCGUGCAACGCACGUGGUGUGAGGAGGGACUUGUGCAAUGCACAGUGUGCAAGGGAGGACUCGUGCAAUGCACAGUGUGCAAGGGAGGACUAAUGUAAUGCACAGGGUGGUUGUGCAACACUAGACUUGUGCAAUGCACACUGUGAAAGGAAGGACUUGUGCAAUGCACGGCGUACAAUGAAGGACUCGUGCAACGCACAACGUGCAAGGAAGGACUUGUGCAAGGAAGGACUCACUUGUGCAAGGAAGGACUCACUCGUGCAAUGAAGGACUCGUGCAACGCACAACGUGCAAGGAAGGACUUGUGCAACAAAGGACUCGUGCAAGGACGGACUCAGUUGUGCAAGGACGGACUCACUUGUGCAAGGAAGGACUCAGUUGUGCAAGGAUGGACUUGUGCAACGCACAGCGUGCAACAUAAGACACGUGCAACGCACAGUGUGCAAGGAAGGACUCACUUGUGCAAGGACGGAGUCACUCGUGCAAUGAAGGACUCGUGCAACGCACAACGUGCAAGGAAGGACUUGUGCAACAAAGGACUCGUGCAAGGACGGACUCAGUUGUGCAAGGAAGGACUCACUUGUGCAAGGACGGAGUCACUCGUGCAAGGAAGGACUCGUGCAAUGCACAGUGAGUGUGCAACACAAGACUUGUGCAAAGCAUGGCUUACAAUGAAGGACUCGUGCAACGCACAACGUGCAAGGAAGGACUUGUGCAACAAAGGACUCGUGCAAGGACGGACUCAGUUGUGCAAGGAUGGACUCAGUUGUGCAAGGACGGAUUCACUUGUGCAAGGAAGGACUCAGUUGUGCAAGGAAGGACUCAGUUGUGCAAGGAUGGACUUGUGCAACGCACAGCGUGCAACACAAGACACAUGCAACGCACAGUGUGCAAGGAAGGACUCACUUGUGCAAGGACGGAGUCACUCGUGGAAGGAAGGACUCGUGCAAUGCACAGUGAGUGUGCAACACAAGACUUGUGCAAUGCAUGGCGUGCAAUGAAGGACUCGUGCAACGCACAACGUGCAAGGAAGGACUUGUGCAACAAAGGACUCGUGCAAGGACGGACUCAGUUGUGCAAGGAAGGACUCAAUUGUGCAAGGAAGGACUCACUUGUGCAAGGACGGACUCAGUUGUGCAAGGAAGGACUCAGUUGUGUGAGGACGGACUCAGUUGUGCAAGGACGGACUCACUUGUGCAAGGAAGGACUCAGUUGUGCAAGGAUGGACUUGUGCAAGGCACAGCGUGCAACACAAGACACGUGCAACGCACAGUGUGCAAGGAAGGACUCACUUGUGCAAGGACGGACUCACUUGUGCAAGGAAGGACUCGUGCAACACAAGACUCGUGCAACAAAGGACUCGUGCAAGGACUCAGUUGUGCAAGGACGGACUCACUUGUGCAAGGAAGGACUCAACUUGUGCAAGGAAGGACUCAGUUGUGCAAAGAUGGACUCACUUGUGCAAGGAAGGACUCAAUUGUGCAAGGAAGGACUUGUGCAAGGUCUCACUCGUGCAAGGACGGACUCACUAGUGCAAGGAAGGACUCACUUGUGCAAGGACAGACUCACUUGUGCAAGGAAGGACUCACUUGUGCAAAGAUGGACUCACUUGUGCAAGGAAGGACUCAAUUGUGCAAGGAAGGACUCGUGCAACACAAGACUCGUGCAACAAAGGACUCGUGCAAGGACUCACUUGUGCAAGGACGGACUCACUUGUGCAAGGACGGACUCACUUGUGCAAAGAUGGACUCACUUGUGCAAGGAAGGACUCACUUGUGCAAGGACAGACUCACUUGUGCAAGGAAGGACUCAGUUGUGCAAGGAAGGACUCACUUGUGCAAGGACGGACUCACUUGUGCAAGGACGGACUCAGUUGUGCAAGGAAGGACUCACUUGUGCAAGGAAGGACUCAGUUGUGCAAGGACGGACUCACCUUGUGCAAGGAUGGACGCAAUUGUGCAAGGAAGGACUCGUGCAAGGUCGCACUCGUGCAAGGACGGACUCACUAGUGCAAGGACGGACUCACUUGUGCAAGGACGGACUCACUUGUGCAAGGAAGGACUCGUGCAAGGACUCACUCGUGCAAGGACAGACUCACUCGUGCAAGGACGGACUCACUUGUGCAAGGACGGACUCACUUGUGCAAGGAAGGACUCAAUUGUGCAAGGACUCACUCGUGCAAGGACUCACAACAGCGCCCCCGUGCGAGCACGAGACGCGCGGCCCUCGUGCAACACCCUCGUGCCCUCCCCUCCCCCCCCGCCCCCCGCGCUGCCUCCUCCGCCCCUCCCCCCCCCCAGCCCCUCCCCCGCCCGGGUCCCCAGGGGUGGGGGUGGGGAGCGGGGUGGGGGGGGGUGGGGGAGGGGGGGGGAUUUUUUAAUCGGUGCCGCCAACACUUUCCUAUUUUAAUAAAAAUCCAUCACGGGGUUUCCAAC